AUGGGAUUUUAAAGAUGGAUAGCUUUAAGAAGUGAAAAAAUUAGAAGGACAUAAUUAGAAUAUUAGAUGUUUACUUUUAGCAAAUUAUAAAAUAGUUUCAUUUCUGGAUCAAAUGAUAAUACAAUCAGAUGUUGGAAACAACUUAAUGGUUAAGAACGGAACAGUUUAUAAUUACUAAUUGAAUUGAAUGUUUAUUAUUAUGUAAAAAAGAGAAUACAUUAUUUUCUGGAAAUGUGGAUAAAUCAAUUAAAAUAUGGAAAGUUAAUUUCAAUAAUAAUAAUGUAAAAUGGGAAGGAUUGGCUAAGUUAUUUUGAAUUAAUUAAUGGAGAUUUUGUAGAAUAAAAAGAAAAAGAAUAAUAGUUAAUUAUAUCCUCUGAUGUAUACAAUUUGAAUUUACUUCCAAUUGUUUUUAACAAAGAGAAGGAGAUUAUAUUAAUAAGACAUAAAUUUCAUGUUUAUUUAUUAACAAAAUAAACUCAAGGUAGAUAUCAAAUCUCAACAAAAUUGAAAUUUUAAAAUAAUUCAAUAUAUGGAAUUAUGACAAUUGAUGCUAAAUAUAUUAUUUUGUGGGAAAAGACAGAAUAGAAUUUUUAAAUUUAUUAAAUUGAGUAUCAAUGA